CUCAUCAUGACGGCGCCCUUGUCAGUGGAGGGGGAGUUUGGAGGUGGUGCUGAGCUCCUGUUUGAUGGAAUAAAGAAGCAUCAAGUCACCUUGCCUGGGCGGGAGGAGCCCGGGGACAUUCGGUAUCUCCUUGUCUGGAUCAAGAAGAAUCUGCUCAAAGAGCAGCCAGAGCUAUUCCUCCUGGGAGACAGCAUGCAGCCAGGAAUUCUGGUGCUGAUGAACGCUGCUGACUGGGAACUUCUGGGGGAGCUGGACUACCAGCUACAGGACCAGGACAGCGUCCUCUUCAUCUCCCCGCUGCUUGGUGGAUGAGGGCCCCUCUCAGGU